CUCCCGGGCUCCGUCUUUCUCUCUCACUCACUCGCCCACUCACAGGACUCAAGUCGGCUCCAAUUCUCCCUCCUCCGCUUCGAUCCCCAUUUUCAUGUCCUUCGUCGUGUCAGCUCUCUCCCCUUCGCGGCUGAUUUAGCGGAUUCUAGGGUUUCUUCUUCGCGCCCGUUUCUCUCUUUCUCUCCCCCACCUCACGCGCGCGCUCUCUUCUAGGGUUUUCUCUUCUUGAUCGUCGCCGGAGAGGAGGGGGGGUUUGGGGAUUGGACUGCUGGUCGGUGACUUUCUUGAUUGAAAAAUGGAGGCCGCGGCUGGUGUCGCCGCCUCUCGCGGUGGCUCUCUGCCGAUGAGUUCGUCCUCGAGGAAGGAGUGGCGUGCCGUGUCGGACCACCAUUCUGCUCGAAACCCCAGCGAUGAGGUGCAGCAUGGGAGAGAGCCAGUUGAUGUGGAUUUCUGCUCUAUUAAUGUUGAUGGGAGUUUGGACAAUGACAUUUUACGUCAGCGGGUUCAUUCCUUUGCUAGACAAAGGGAAGAGCUGCAGCAGAUGGAAAUUGAGCUAAGAGCACAAAUGAUUGCUAGAUCGGAGAUAUUGGAGAUUCAAAAUAGCUUUGAUGCUCAAAUCAAGGAACGUGAAGAUUCUUCUGCACAGCUUCAGGAAAAACUCCACGAGAGAGAGCAGGCCAUACAUGACCUGGAAAGAAGAAUUGAAGAGAUGAACAGGGAGCUACAUGCUGUGAAAUUGGACAAUGAAGCGGCAUGGGCUAAAGAGGACCUUCUUAGAGAGCAAAACAAAGAACUUGCUACUUUCAGAAGGGAGCGCGAUCACUCUGAGGCUGAAAAAGCACAGCACAUGCAGCAAUUACAUGAGUUUCAAGAACACAUCCAGGAUAAAGAGAGACAGAUUCUUGAGUUGCAAGAACAGCGUAGGGUUGAUCAGGAGACUAUCUACCUGAAGGACGAACAACUGAAAGUUUGGAUUGCACGUGUUCAGGAGAUGGAUGCCUUGCAAUCUAAUUUACAGGCUGAACUGCGUGAACGGAUUGAGCAAUAUAAUCAACUGUGGCUUGGCUGUCAGAGACAGUUCAUAGAAAUGGAGAGACUUCAUGUAUAUACCAUACAACAGCUUCAGGUUGAGCUGGCUGAUAGGACUGGAUCCUACCCUGAUGAGUCUCGGCUUUCUCAGACGAAUUCAAAUGACUCAGCUAAGCUUGGUCAGACUUCUGGAAACCAACUAGUUGUAAAUGGAAGUGGCGCAUCAAAUGCUAAUAAUGGGGCACAUUCAAAUGGGAGUGCUGAUAGUGUCUCAUCAUUUGCAUCCUCUGGAAAUGCUGCAAAUCAGACCAACAAUGUUGCUGGCAUGCCGAUCUCCUCAUCAUCUUUACUGGGAAUGCCAACCUACAUUCCACCUGGACAGAUGACAGCACUGCAUCCCUUCAUUCUGCAUCAACAGGGGAUUCCUCAGUCAAUGCCAUCACAUGUUCAUCCGUCUCAAGUGGGACAUUUUCACUCAGUACCAGCAAUGUCAUCCCUUCCACAGUGGCAGGCUCAGCAGGCUGCUACCGAAGCCUCACACAUUUCUACACAGGAUCAACUGACACCGUCUCAAAGUGAGCAGAACCUUGAUAGAUCAGAAACAAAAUAUUAUGACAUGUCUGUUAAUGGGCAAGGAUAUCGAUCAGACUAUCUAGAUGUUCAUAUAAAUCAAGGGGCUCAGCCUGAUUCUGUGAUCUCAUCAUCCAGUGUUGACCAACAGGUUCUUGAGUCGAUUGAUAGAAGUUACUUGGUUGGGAAUCAGCCGGAUCAAAGCCUACAACAUAUUUCUGUUCAAUUUAGUGAAGCAUUACGGUUAAACUCUCUCGAGCAGAAAAUUGAACCGCAGGAGCAAAAUGUUGUUAGCUUGGCCAAUGAUGGAUUACAGAGGCAGAUUGUGUCUGAAGAACAACAGAGUUCUGCUGUUGGUGUCUCACUCCCUGAAGCUUCAGUUCAAUCUGCUAGUCUCACUGAAACAGUCAUUAGUAAUGGGCCUGGUACAACUGUCCCUGAAGCUUUUACGCCGACUGGUCAGGCCAAUAUCGCGACUGCUGGAAAGGCAUUGGAGCCUCCCCUUAUUGAUGAACGAUCUUUAUUGGCUUGCAUAGUUCGUACAAUUCCUGCUGGUGGUAGAAUUCGCAUAAACUCAACGCUACCAAAUAGGUUAGGAAAGAUGCUAGCACCUCUUCAUUGGCAUGACUACAAGAAAAAGUAUGGGAAACUAGAUGACUUUGUUGCUGGUCAUCCAGAGCUAUUCUUGAUUGAGGGUGAGUAUAUUCAGCUAAGAGAAGGGGCACAAGAGAUGAUAGCUGCUACUGCUGCGGUUGCCAAAGUAGCUGCUGCUGCAGCUGCAUCCUCCACUCCUUACUCAUCAUUCUCUACCAUGUCCCUCACCCCAAUGGCACAGUCUCACCGGGCCAAAAAGUUUCCUUCUACCGACUCCAACCACCUAAAUGGUGUUAGUUUUGGCGCCACUGGUGGCAUGUCAAAUGUCAAGAUACUAAGCAAAUUGAAGGAUAACAGUCAAGAGACUAAUGCAGGAGCUGAUUUGAGUGGCAGUGGUCAGAGCAAAGUUUCAAGUCACGCUAGGCCUAAUUCGAGUUUUGUGGGGAAGCAGCAGGGAAGGGUCACUGGAAACACUACUUCUAGAAGAUAGAAAGUAUCCAGACCAAGAAUGAAAGGUUGUCAUAGGGAAAACGGUUUGAAUCCGUAGAAUGAUAUGAUGGUAACUCUGCGGCCUUGUAGGAGGUAUUCUUAAACUGGAUGCGUCCGUUGAGGGGGGUUAUGCAGCAAAUCAUUGGCUGGUAGAGGUUUUGUUGAGUGGAGGAAUCUUUUGGGAAAUGCUUACCUGCUGCAAAAACAGAAACGAGUUAUUAGAUCCUGACUAAAGAAGUUGGUUUUCUGGGAAAUUUGUUCUUCGUUGUCUUCAAUAUGAUUGGUGUAUUCCCAUAUAUGUUGCUUUUUUCGUGCUGCCCUUUAUGCUUGGCUGCCGUAGCAGAAGGAAAUGUCUUUUCGCCACACCAUUACCUUGCAGUUGCAAUGCAUCUCAUGGUAUUCUCUGCAGUGGAGGAAAUCUACAAUGGCUGUGGAAUAUGUUGGGUUGUUGCUUUGCAUAAAAGUUGCAUUUUGAU